CACACCCCUCGCGACUACUUAAGCGCGCCGACACACCCCUCCCUUCCUUUCUCAACACGCACUCCACUCCUCAGCCCACCCAGCCUACCCAGCACCACCCCCACAACAACAAACACAAUGGCCGCCGCUCCCCCCGCCCGCCUCCGCCUCGCCAACAAGGUCGCCGUCGUCACUGGUGCCGGCUCCGGUAUCGGCCUCGAGACCUCGCUCCAGUUCGCCGCUGAGGGCGCCCUCGUUGUCCUCUCGGACGUGAACGAGGAGGCCGUCAAGAAGGCCGCCGCCCGCGUCGCCGAGCAGUUCCCCUCGUCGCAGGCUUUCGCCCUCAAGGCCGACGUCGGCAAGGAGGAGGACGUCAAGGCGCUUAUCGAGGCUGCUGUUGAGAAGUUUGGCCGCCUCGACGUCCUCUUCAACAACGCUGGUAUCAUGCACCCCAAGGACGACGACGCCGUCAACACCGACGAGAAGAUCUGGGACCUCACCAACCAGAUCAACGUCAAGGGCGUGUGGUACGGCUGCAAGCACGGUGUCAUCGCCAUGCGCAAGAACAAGGCCGACCCCGCCAAGGGCCUCGGCAUCGGCGGCUCGAUCAUCAACGUCGCGUCGUUCGUCGCCAAGCUUGGCGCCGCUACCCCCCAGCUCGCGUACACUGCCUCCAAGGGUGCUGUCCUCGCGCUCACCCGCGAGCUCGCCAUGAUCCACGCCCGUGAGGCCAUCCGCUUCAACGCCCUCUGCCCCGGCCCCAUCCGCACCCCCCUCCUCAUGGACUACCUCAACACCCCCGAGAAGCUCAACCGCCGCCUCGUCCACUGCCCCAUGGGCCGCUUCGGCGAGCCCGUCGAGCAGGCCAAGGCUGUUGUUUUCCUUGCUUCCGACGACUCGUCGUUCGUCAACGGCACCGACUUCCUCGUCGACGGUGGUCUCGCCGCGUGCUACGUCACCGCCGAGGGCGAGUACCAGGGCGCCAUCCCCAAGGGCCUUGCCUAAGCGUGGAAAAGCUGGCGGUGAUCUGCACGCACGCGCCAUGUUUGUAUUGCAUUAUAGUUUGGUCCUUCAUGUCAGAGAUACAAGUCGAG